UAGUGUAAUUAAUUAAACCUUCGAUUAAUUCACUUAUCAUUUUCUUCUUGAAAAAAUCACAAAAAAACAAAAUAUGGCAACAACCCUAGGUAGAGUGGUCAAAUAUAUUUCCCUAUACAAACCCGACCCCACACACGGCUGUCUCGCCGUCACAACCACCGCCGCCUCCGGUUCCCCGGAAAGCCUUAGUUUCCGGCCGGUAUACUUCAACCCCCAGCACGAACUGCGCUCCCCGGAGAGCGCUUCCGCUUUUUUCUCCGGCGUCGUCGCCGGAUUCUUCGGGUGGGACCCAGAACGCGCCGCUAGGAUAAGUACCGACGUGGCCAUGCACGCUUUCGAAACUGUUGCGAGCGGGCGGUGGACUUACGGGCUGCACAUUAGCGUCGAAAUCGAGACUCUCGGCGGAGCGCUUGGGGAAGAGUUGCCGCCGGAGAGCGGUGUCGUCGAGGAAGAGGAGCUUCCGAGGAAAGAGCCCGGCGGCGGCGGCGGCUGCGGUGACGCUGCGUGCGCCUUCUGUUGGGAUGAAUUAUAUGGCGUCGCCGUUGGUGUUUGAUUGUCCGCGGCGGCGGACGGGACAAGAACUACUGCAUGCAUUUCUUAAUUCAUUAUUAGUAUUCGCGGCGGCGGAAACAUAACUAAUUAACCUUCAUUUUUUUG